AUGAAGAAGAAUAUUUUGCGGUUGAGAAAUUCAGGUCCUUAUACUAGUGUGGGAAGUCCAGAGUAUGGUGACACUGAGGAGGGGAUUCCGAGGGGUUGGAGUUCAGAACGAGUGCCAUUGCCCACGAAUAGAAUCUAUAGGCCGCACAUUAGUGCCUCUGCAUUGAUGCCAGUGAGUGUUGGAAGGACUUUGCCAUCGAAAUGGGAUGAUGCUGAGAGAUGGAUUACGAGUCCAGUCUCAGGGUAUGGUGCGCGCAGGGCUUCAUUUAUGCAGCCUAAAAGGCUGCUUGAGUCUAACAGUGGCCCCUUAGGCACUACCGGACUGGUGAACUUAUCUGACUAUUCUCCUACGGUACCUGUUCUUAAAGGUGGGAGUGUGAGGAAUUUGAUGUCCAGUUCGCCACUUAUGACUGGAGUUUUGGUGCCUCAGGGUUUAUCCAUUGGUUAUGGUGAUGACAUUGCUCUAAAGUCGAGCUAUGCUUAUCGUUUGAAUAGUAUGGCUCGAUCCACUAGUAUGCCUGGCUUUUUGGACAUGCUUAGUGAUUCUUCAUUGUCGAGCUCACAAGAUGAUAAACUUGAUGGCACCAAGGAGGAAGAAACAAUUGUUUCACGGGUUGUUUCACGUAGGGAUAUGGCAACUCAAAUGAGUCCCAUAGACAGCACAGAUUCGUCUCCCAAAGGAAGCCUGUCAUUCUCUGUGUUCCCUUCCUCCGUCCCUACUUCACUGGAGCCUCACAUCAAUCAUUCUGCUCGAGAUGGAGUUAGGGACGUCCAGGUAGACGAAGCCACCACUAUAGCCAGGCAGCCCAUGAAACAAAUGAUGAAAAAAGGCUUGCCGAGUAUUAAAAGUUUAUGUUCGCCACGGGAUGUUUCAGAGGCAUCAAGGCUGCAAAGAGAGGAAGCCAAGAUCACUGCUUGGGAGAACUUGCAGAAGGCAAAAGCUGAGGCUGCAAUUCGAAAACUGGAGAUGAAACUGGAAACGAAGAGAUCAGCAUCUACAGACAAAAUCUUGAACAAGCUAAAAGCUGCUCAGAUUAAAGCACAAGCCAUGAGAGACUCAAUAUCGGAAAAUCAUUCUCAGAAAACUCUCAGAACAUCUCACAGAGUGGGUUUCUUCUGUAAAUAUGUGAAGAUGAAUUCUCUCAAUAAUUGCUUUUUCUGCUGGAGGAACUAG